GGCAGAUUAUCAAAACGCACUUCGCGCCAAAAACCUGUUUGGACCUGUUGAUUUUCCGCGGACGAAGAGAGUCGCAAGAAGAGCGCCCGGGGUAGUCGUCGCAAGGGGAUGUGGAAAAUCGCGUUUUGCCUGUUCCUGAUCGCCCUCAGCGAGGGGUUUCCCAUAGGAAGGCCGACGGUGAUGUUGGACGAGUUUCCCGAUUAUCAGAUCGGCGUCAGAUAUGAUGAAUAUCCGUUAAUCGUGCCGAAGAAACGGACGGCUCUUCUGGUAAACAGAUUGAUGGUGGCUCUGAAAGAAGCCAUCGAUGAAGACGAGAGGAGCAACGGAUUGAAGGAGUAUCCAUCGACGCCCGACGCCGACGUCCGGUCGUCGAUGGAUUUGCAAAGAAGAGGCCACAGCGCGAUCGGACAACAAAAGGGCAGAAACUACUGGAGAUGCUAUUUCAACGCCGUUACUUGUUUUUAGAUUACUCUCUAGUUAAUUAAUUGAGUAUGAUUUCGUUUGAAAAAUUACAAUUUCGCAAAUACAGUGUUAAGCAACAAUAGCCGUCGUUGCUGUUAUUAG